AUGCCUUCCGUGAUUCGUGCCAUCUGCCUGGCGUUUCACGCCUCCGCCGUCGCUUUACUGGCCGGAACCCCCUUCGUCACUACUUCCGUCCUCGGAUCACCACUGCCCACCCCCCUCCCUCUCGUCGCGUCUUUUGCCGACUAUGUUCAACGUUCAGACCUCGUCGCUCGUCUGCAGGACAUGUCCAUCCCCGUACACGAUUACACCGUCUCCGGCACGAAGCUUGCUACCUCAACCUCGGAGCGCCGCCAAACAGCAGAUACCAGUAUCCUCGACAACUUGAACCUAUUGGGUAACUACUACUCCCAGAUAAACGAAAAUGCCGCGCAGAUGAAUACCUUGGUUGGUCAAUCAUCUCAACAAGGCGGGAAUGCGGACUACCAACAGCAAUGCAUAUCCACGCUGUCGGCGUUCCACACGAAUCUGCUAGGGUUCCAGAGUACUCUCGAUGCCCUUGCCGCUGACAAGGGGCUUGAAAACUACGACCAGAACGAUGAGCUGGAGACUCUACUGAAGGAGAUCGUCAACCCUACGAAGUACACGUUGUCCGAUGUCUACGAGCUCGUAGCCAAUGACCCCACACUCGGCCCUCUCCUCGGCCCUAUCGUCUACGAAGUCAAGUGCAUUCUGGACGAAGUCCUGGAUGCGGUGGAGAACCUGACCGAUGCCAUCAUCAACGCCGUCCAGCCUCUUCUCCAAGACCUGAUCGGCCAGGCUACUCAAACGGCUUGUGACUCGGGGAUCCAGGUUCUUGGCCUUUGCCUAGCGGUGCGGUAG